UUUCCUCCAGCCUGUGUUCCGUUCUUUCUCUGCUUUUCUUCCCUACCUCUUUUUUCCCCUCGUCUACCACGACAAUUGUUCGACCAUGUUGCUGCUAAUUCUUGCAGUGGCCGUCCUGGGCUGGACCGUGUACAGCGUCGUGUGCCUGGUGGGGAACAUCCGUCGUAUCCAGAAAAUCGGCAUUCCUUACGUCGUCAUUCCUUGCAGCCCCGUCAAUCCGGUCUGGAUCCUGCUCGAGCCGCUUAUCUUCUUCGUUCUCGAUAUCCUCCCGUUUCAAUUCGGUCGCGUCAAUCACUAUGGUCGCCGCACCUGGCAGUUUGCCGACAAAGCCCAGUCGCAUAUGCGAAUGGGCGAUGCCUGGGCCAUCGCAACCCCCAACGAGGUGUUUGUCUACAUCUGCGACGCGGAGGCUAUUACCGACAUCAUUGCGCGUCGCACGGAUUUCGUGCGCCCGCUUGAGCUCUUCACACUGCUGAAUGUGUUCGGGCCUAAUGUUGCCACGACCGAGGGGGCCGACUGGCAGCGCCAUCGUAAGAUGGUCGCCUCUCCCUUUAAUGAAAGCUUGAACAGCUUUGUCUGGCGCGAGGCCCUCACCCAGGCGCAGAGCAUGCUCGCCACUCGCAUCACGGCUGGACCAUCUGGCGGACUGGGCACUGACACCCGCACUCUGGCCCUCAAUGUGCUUGCGGCAACCGGUUUCAAACGGUCUACACGCUUCCAGAGCGCUCAAGAGGUGCAGUCGGAGGAUCCCCGCUCCUACGCCCAGUCGCUGAAGACCGUCAUGUUAAACACUUUCCUCAUCAUGCUGAUUCCCCCCUCCGUGCUAAAAGUGCCCAUCUUCCCCAGCUGGUGCCGUCGCGCCGGUCAAGCCGUCGAGGACUUCAAGCAACACAUGCUCAACAUGUUCAACACGGAGAAGGCGCUCCUGGACCAGGGCCAGCCAGGUACCGGCACACUUAUGUCUUCCUUCGUUCGCGAAUCGACGGUCGAUCCGAAGAGCAAUAAGACCGUCCUUACCCUGGACGAAAUCCUGGGCAAUAUCUAUGUUAUCAACUUUGCCGGCCACGAUACAACUGCUGGUACUCUUGCUUACGUCCUAUUCUUGCUUGCCGCAUACCCCAAUAUCCAGGAGUGGAUCGCGGAGGAGAUUCGGGCUGUCUUCCCCAACCCCGACCGCGACACAUGGGAUUAUAAGGAGGCUUACCCCCGACUGAAGCGCUGUCUGGCAGUGGUGCUCGAAACCGUCCGUCUUUACCCACCAAUCAUGGCAUUACCCAAAUCCGUAGCACCCCCAACUGGAACCAGCCUGCGCCUCCCCGAAAGCAACCGCACCAUCGUCCUCCCCAAAGGAACAGUAGUACUACCCAGCCUCCUUGCCAGCCAAACGCACCCGAAAUACUGGUCCGACGAGCCAAACAGCUGGAAUCCCCGCCGAUGGAUCGAAACCAGCACACCGAGCACCGACACCACCACACGCGAAGAGCAACUCGCGUACGAAGAAAUCAUGGAACCUCGCCCAGGCACAUACUUCCCCUGGUCAGCAGGAGUGCAGAACUGCGCUGGGCGCAAAUUCGCCCAGGUGGAGAUUGUGGCGGCCAUGGCGGCGUUGUUUAGGGAGUAUCGGAUGCGUCCGGCGUUGUUGGAUGGAGAAGACUUCGAGAAGGCGCAGGCGCGGAUCUUGAAGUCGACGAAUGAUAAUUAUCUAUUGUUGGUUAUGGGGAUGAGGGAUCCGGAUAGUAUGCAGUUUGUUUGGGAGAAGGUUAAUUGAGUUAUAUCCUUGGGUUCGAUGUGAUUGUAUGUGUGUAUACUUCUGUCGGGCUUGAGUUCGAUUAUGGGGUGGAUGGGGUGGAUACUAUGGCACUAUACAUUAAAUACUCUAAUCGACUCUUCUAAUUAUCA